GGUUUGAUUCAAAGAAAAACGUUGGAGGUUGGUUGAAUCUUGUUUCCCUUGCCCAGUCUCUCUCUCUCUCUCUCUCUCUCUCUCUCUCUCUCUCUCUCUCUCUCUCUCUGUUAUUACGUUGUAUCUCUUGCCCAUCUGGGCCAGCAGCCUCCGCCACGCGCCAAAUGUGUGAUGCCAGUUUGUGAUACGAGGCUGUUUUUCUGUCACAGCCUAUUGUAUGGUUCCAUGGUGGACUGCCCAAGUCUUCCGACAGUCUUUGGCAGUGCUGAGGGGUCGGAGGAGCUCCUACGCUUGGCUGAAACAAAGCACAAUCGUGAAUUUUCAUUGGUUCUUGAACAAGUGGACCAUUGUGAUGAGCUACUAAGUUGUGCAGGGACAGUCAUGAAAUUUAUGGAUAUAUAUAUGUUUUCAGUCCCUAGAAUUUCGGGAUCAAUCUUUAUCGGUUUGAGCGUUUUUUUCUUAUGGUUUGGGUAGGGAUGUGUCCACACUCGCAUCUUCUCCAUUUUUGAGGCAGUUUUGCUGGAUUUCGUACCCGCAAUGUUGUCAGAGCUGCAGUUGUAUAUGCCUAUAUUACCUCUGACUUGUCAGCUUCCACUUCGGGUUCGGACCUCAGGUUACUUCCAAAGGUCUACUGCCUCUCCGAAGGUCAGCUUUGUGGUUGGAUACCCUAGUAGAUUGUGCAACCGAUUGCAACUUGGUCACAAAAUUGUAGGCUACCGGAAUGACGGAACAGUGUGAACAAACGAAGUGGGGAGGAUUUGUGACUGGCAAUCUGAAUGCAGUGAAGUCACAGCAGCUGCGCAAAUAGGAAAGAUCGAUAAGGCAUCGCCAUGGCUAAGUGAGGAUGUACUCGACAGGUUUGCACACUGUUGAUUCUGUGUUGAAUGCUUUUUUGCAGUCCGCAAGUUAGAAAUGUUUAAGGUUUGAAAGCGUUCAGCCUUUGAGGACAGUCACUUCAAGUUGAUGAUAAUCGCGUCAUUCAGGUGUUGUCACUAUUUCGCCGGUGUGAUUCAAGUUGUGGCGAACUAGAAGCAUUGGGAGGAUGGACGAGUCUUCAAUGUGUGCAUAUCAGUACGUUCGUCUUUCAGAGUGGCAAGGUCUGCAAAGGGAGGGUGGUGUCUUCAUUGUGAGGAUGGAGGGAGUCUUCUAUGUGUGCAUAUCGGUACAUUAGUUUUGGAGUGGCAUGGUCCGCAAAAGGAGGGUGAUGUCUCCAUAGCGUAUGGACUCGUAUGGAGAGUGUAUAGUGGACACUUCCACCUUCUGCUUCGUCUUCGGCUUGGUUGUUUGUGGUUUUGGAUUGGGUUCUGAACCUUUGCGGUUUCGGGAUUGUCUUCAAUCUCUAUAUUUAGUGGAUAGGGUAGUGGACUACCGGGUUCUUGUGAGUGGAUCCUUAGGUGAGAUACUCUUUUGUCUCUAUGUGCCAGCAUUGGAGUCCUUGAGCAAUUCGUAGUUAGCAUAGUACUAAAAAGCAGUUGCUUGACAGGUUUGCCAGCUAUAGCUCUAUUGCCUCUCUGAGGAGGCAAUAUAUCUAUAGCUGUGCGAUUCAUAGCAUAGAAAAACAUAAAGCAGUUGCUUGACAGGCUAGCCAGCGAUAGCUCUAUUGCCGCUUGGAGGAUGUAAUAGCUCUAUAGCUGUGCGGAGAUCAUCCGGGAGAGAUGCCUGUGCUGGCUCAUGUAGAAGGUUUUUUGCCCCUGUGGGAUCGGGAACCUGACUCCCUUAUAACUCGGAAAUUUGUAGCAGCAAUUCGAAAUGUGGGUGCUGUCGGUGGCAUGCAGACACUUCAUUGCAGAGACUCUGAUGGAGGAUCGACUGGAGACGGAUGACACAGGGGUAGAUGGGGAGCUACCUCGGAAGUCUUCUCGAUGACACAGGGGUAGAUGGGGAGCUACCUCCAAGUCUUCUCGAUGACACAGUGGGAGAUGGGGAGUUGCCAGACGGCGUCUUUGGGACAAUAGGUAAAGGCGAUAAUCAUCAGCUAUUGGACGAAGAUAGCCAUGACAUGAUUGACCCUACCAUCCCAACAUCAGCACCGACGGUUCGCAUCACAAUGGUAUUGACUAUGGUACAAGCUUUUGGAGGUGAGACGGCUGCCAGUGUGGAGGGGUUUGACAGCAAGCAGAAGGUGGCGAGGGGAGCGGUGGAGAGGGCGUUCGACAGGCUGAAGGGCAUGUGGCUGCUGUUUCUGCAGACACACAAGACCAACCUCGACACGCUCCCGCAGCAGUUCACCGCAGUCUGUAUAUUGCACAACAUACUGAUCAACGCUGAAAUUCCGUUCGACGAGAAUCUGCUAUGGGAGGUCGACGCUAAUUGCGUGCGACGAUGUGGAUCUGGGGAUCUAAGAGCCCCUUAGUCUGUGUCGAUGAUUACAUCGACAAACGAAGCGUUGGCCCUGCGGGAUGCUUUAGCGGAACGAAUGAAGCACGAUUGAGUCG